GCAGAUCCUUUACUCAGAUCCACAGCGAUGGGAUCAAGUGCACUCUUCCUCGCAAUUUCCUUGCUUUCUUCCAACCAAUUUCCAAGCAAUCCAAAAACUAGACCCCACCAUCUUUUCUGGUCAAGGGCUAAUCAGAAUUCCACCUACUAUACGUUGCGAAGCACCCGAUCACCGCCAACUCCCUUGGUCUCUUUCUGUAAUAAAAUCUUGACUAAGCGCUGACUGCCUUUUACUACUUAAAAACAUCCUCUUCCACUCCGUAACCGGCACUUCCCCGUUUCCCGUAACUUUCCGUUGCAUACCACCUUCUCCACCAGAUAUAAAGUCUCUCUCGCUAAUUGGGGUUGUGUAAUUCUUCUUCUGUUGGUUUUAUGGGUGCAGAAGACCCAGAAAUGGCUCGUAGAGACCCUGACUCAAUCCCUGAGCGAUCAUCCAAUCCUCUCCUCGCGGACACUCGCUGCUGCUUCUGUUUCCCUUGCUUCAGUUCCCGACGUUCUUCCUUCGUCAGGUUGGCCUGGUGGGAGCGAAUUCGAUCAUCAAGAGGUCAUAGCGACGAUAAUCCCUGGUGGGCCCCGGGUUUUAGGGCUAUCAAGAAGAUCCGACAAUGGUCGGAGAUCGUCGCUGGACCCAGGUGGAAGACUUUCAUCCGGAGAUUCAAUAGAAACAGAGGUAGUGGCAACAACAGGCACGGCAAGUUCCAGUACGAUCCUUUUAGUUACGCUUUGAACUUCGAUGAGGGCCCCGGACAGAAUAGUAAUGUCGAUGUGGAAGACGAUUACGGAGGGUUUCGCGAUUUCUCUUCUCGGUACGCCUCCGUUUCCGGCUCCGGUAAGCCGUUGGCGAUGGACGCGUCCCGUAAUAAAGACGUGGCGGUUAUCGCGGUCGCGUGAGGGGAAAUAAAAAGAAAGGAAGGAAGUAAGAAAAAGAUGCGUUGGUAGUUUCUAGUUUGCGCCGAGAUGCGUUGGAUAACAGCUGUAGUAUUGACCUGGUGACGUAAAGUGGCGGAGCUAAUAGUAAUUCUCUUCUUCCAAACAGUCCAUUCUUUGUGAAUUUAUUUCAAUAAUAAUAAUAAUAAUAAUAAUAAUGUAAUUAAAUAUUUGUUGUCAA